CAACUCAACGGAGCUAGAGCGAGGCAGACAGGUCCACGAACCUGCGAGCUUCUUCAGCUUCAAGUUAUUCCCCUUUAAAAGGCCCUUGGUUCCUCCACUGAUAGAGAGUGGUAUUAUGCCAGAAGAAAUGAUGUGCUGUGGCACGGCCAGCUUCAAGGAUGUCGACAGAUGCGAGCUGAGCGGCCGUGGCGAGACGCCGAGGAAGGAGGAGAAGCCGGUUCAUGUGGCCAAGGAAAAGAAGAAGCCGGCGGGCGGGAAGAAGGAGAACCCGUACGCGUCGCUCGGGCUGGAAAAGUUCUCCACCGUGCUCGCGGAGCUCGAGUCCCGGCGGGAGAAGGUUCUGCGCCGCGUCGAAGGCGGCGGCGACCACGUCAUGGUCCGGUUCGUGCAGUCCGGGGCCAAGGGCUGGGUGCCCAUCGUAGUCAAGCUCCCACCGGAAGAGCCAGCCGCCAAGGGCAAGCCCAAGAAGAAGUGCAAGCUCAAGUCAGCCGUGUCUCCGCCGCUCUCGCAGCCGUCGACGCCGCGGAGUAGCACGGAGUCCUCCAGUCCAAGAGGAGAAGUCGUCUUCGAGCAAGCAGCAGCUGCGGAGACUACUCCGGCGGUGGUCGCUUCGGCGGUGCCGAAGAAGGUCGCCCCCGUACGGAGGUGGUCAUGGGGAAAGAGGGCGAUCAGGCCGAGCCAGUACUGGCCGCUCGCCGCGGUGCUGCUGCUGGUGAGCCUGGUGGUGUUCGGGAGGGCUUCCGCCAUCUGCUGCACCACCGUUUUGUGGUACCUCGUGCCGAUCUUGACCGGCGGCGAGGAAGGACACGGCGUGAAGAUCGGUAAAGAUCAUGUCAAGAAGGCGACCGACAAGAAGAUCGGCGGGAAGCUUAGCUGGUCGUCGCUGCCUCCUUCACACGGCAAGAAGAAUAGCUCUGGUGCCAAUGAGGUGAUUUCACCCAGAAGCCAUGCACAUGGGAAGAAAGGGUAGUUCGCACUUAGAAGAAACGGUCGUGUUGUAAAUAGCUUGUCAAACAGGGUAGCCAGAAAGAUCAAAUUUCAAGGCUAUCUUUUACUCCAUUCUUUUCAGUUUAGGAUGUUCCUGUUCUCAAACGAACUGACUGUAAAUUUGUAAUUAUGAAGUUUUCAUGUACACCAA